AUGUCCAGACUUUUGAAGAUGUGUUUCUUGUUGAUAUCAAUGAAUCAUGCCAAGAUUACUCACAGUCAGAACUCUGAAGAUUUGCCUCCAUUGUUACACAAAGCUGUGGAGGAAGUAAUAGCUGGGAAAUAUCUGAAUGCCCUCCUAGAUAUGCUUUAUUUUCAAAGCUCUAAUGUCUGGACAGCAGAUCUGCUUACAAAAGUCAUGGCAUAUUUUCAUGCCCAGGAAGUUAUGUUUACUCUUAGCAGCCUACAGAUGUCCAUAGAAAGUUACCUGAAGAACCUUUUAUACCAGCCCAGGCAGCUACUGUCAGAAUUGCAGCAGCUUGAUCAGCAGCAGUUCCAAACUGCAAUGAAGUACCUCUUCAACAGCAAAAAGGAGCAUCUUGAAAUAGGAAAUAUUAUUCUUGACUGGGGCAAGAUUAGAGAGAGAAUUUUCCAAAGCCCAGGAGUAAACAGGACCUUGUUCCUUGUAACACUGGAUAAAUGCUUCCUGGCCCUGAGUGCCCUGGACUGUGUGGAUAUCCUGAGUCAGGUUCUGAGGGUGUCAGCAGUGAACUAUCUCCAGCCUGAUGUCGUUGGGAGUCUCCCAAACCUUCUGCUGGAGGAUGCUUUCAGAAACUUAUCAUCAUUGUUCAAGGACCUCUAUGACAGAACCUCAGCAAGCACUCAGAGAGCUCUCUAUGGCUGGAUGAAGCAGAUUCUACAGAAAUCUUACAACAUGAGUGAGUUCAAUGAAUCAACUUCUUGGGUCGGUGCAGAAAGCUUAUGGAUUUUGGGAAGAUACAUGGUCCAUCUCCCAUUAGAAGAAAUUCUGAAAAUUAGUCUCAAUGAAAUCAGGCUGUUCAUCAGCUACGACAACGCAACAAAGCAGCUGGACACGGUGUAUGAUAUCACACCAGGGCUUGCACAGGCCCUCCUGGAAAGGAUAAACUCCUCAGGGUUUGAUAUGAGGAACACUUCAACUAUCUACAGGCUGGGUUUGUUGGUUUGUUUUUAUGAUGACCUGGAACAGAUGGAUGCAGCUGUGGCCCGGGCUCUACUUCAUCAAAUGAUUAAAUGCAAUCAGCUGAGAGGUUUCCAGGCCAAGGUUCAUGAGCUCAAAUCUCAACUCCUGAACAUUGCCAUGCAAAACCAGACAUUGAAUGAUACCGUUGGAACUCUGUCAGAUGCUGUGGUUGGACUAACUUCAAGUCAGCUGGAAUCUCUGUCACCUGAAGCAGUGCAUAAUGCUGUUGCAACAUUAAACCAAGUCUCUGGGUGGGCAAAGAGCCAAGUUAUGAUUUUAUCCAGUAAAUAUCUCUCUUAUGAAAAGGUUUUAUCCUUUUACAACGUGAGCCAAAUGGGUGCCUUGGUGACAGGGAUUGGCACCUGGUCCCUGCACAGCAUGAGCCCCAGGGAGCUGGCUCAGAUGAUCCGAGGCACAACGUCCCAGUACCUGUCUGACUUAUCUCCUGCUCAGCAACAGGGCAUCCUCAGGAAGAUUGCUUCAUCUGGAGAUUUUUCUUCAUCAGUCAAAGAUAUACAAGGAGCUUUCUUUAAAGAAGUCUCUCUUUCUGGUUUAUGGAAGCAAACUGGAUAUAAUUCUGCAAUGCUGAAUGAAAAAGAACUGAGAAGCAGCCAGGCUUUGUAUCUGUAUGAAUUACUGUCCAAGGAAAACCAUCCUAUUGACCUUCUAAGCACAGGACAGCUUGUGAAAGGAGUAACUUGUCAACUCUUUGAAAGUAUGGACACAGACAUAUUUUUAGACAAUUUUAAAUUCUUUGAAAUGAAUCUUCAUCUGCUUUCUCCAUAUCAGGUUAAUUGUUUGGCUUGGAAAUUUUGGAGAGUCUCCAAUGCAUCCAUUCCUCCCUUCCUCUUACUGGCGCUUCCUUCUGAGUACCUGGAGUACGUUACAGGCCCCUUGUGUGUCCCUUUCCUUGAACGUGUGGGCAAGACUGGAAUGGACCUUCUGAACCCAAGCCUUCACAAGAGGGAUGCUGUCCUGCAAAAAGUACAGGAGUGCCUGAACAGCUCCAUUGCUGAUGAAUAUGAUGUUGACCUCCUUGGAAAUCUAAUCUGCCACUUACCUCCAGCCUUUCUACAUGGCAGAAUGUCCCUGAAGGCAAUGGCAGCAGCCCUGCAUCAAUUCAAACUUUGCCAACAGCUCAGCCACGAGCAGAAGAUUGAAAUUAAAUACAAACUCCUCCAGUUAUAUGGCCCCUCAAACAACUGGACAGCAGAAGCAACAUUGGAUGUUGGACCAUUCAUAGUUCUGCUGUCAAAAGAGGAAUUAAAUGUCCUUGUUGAAAAGUUCCCAGAGAUCAUUUUACAAAUAGCAAAGACAAUUGGACCAGUUUCUUCAGCUGAAGAGCUCCUGUCAGCUGUGUUUGAGUCAGUCUCCAAUGGCACUGGCAGAGUUCUCCUGUCCCUCAGCAGAGCUGAUUGCCUGAGAACCAGAGCUCCUUCUUCAAAUGAAAUCAUUAAAUUAGGAGAAGCAAAUGUCUUUUGGUCAGUUCAGGAACUGAAAUGCAUGGAUCCAGAGACUUUUGACAAAAAUGUGGAACUUCUUGGAGGUGUCACAGGUUUUAACAGCUCCCAGCUGACUGUCUUGAAGGAAAAAGCCAAGCAGGUUUGGGGGUUGCUGCCAGACUGGAGGAGUUACCAGAUCAUCUCCCUGGGCCGCAUUGCUCUGGCACUCAGUGCCCAGGAGAUCCCAGAGCUGGACCUGAGCUCCAUCGACACCGUGUCUGCUCUUACCCAGCAAACAGGGUGGACUCUUACCCAGGCAAGAGCUAUUUUGCAAGGUUUUCUAGAUGACUCUGGCCAGACCAUCAGCACAUUAAAAAGUUUUGAUUUAGUUGGAUUAGGAGCUGUUCUCUGUACUUUGAACUCCACAGAAAUCACAUCCAUAAGGACUGCUGAAUUCAGUGCUGCAAUUGCAAGAAUUGGGCUGUUGUUCUGUAGCACCCCUGUUCUGAGGCAGUUUAAGAAGAUGACAGAAUCUGUGUUUGGGGCUGCUCCCAGCUGGAAUGGCUCUGUUUUACAGGAAAUUGGUACUAUAGCAGGUGGUUUGAAUGAGGAUGAAUUAAAAGCCAUUGAUAAAAGCUUGAUGCCAUAUAUCCAGCCAGCAGCAGUAAGACAUAUACCUCCUGAAAUUUUCCAAGCAUUGUCCCCAGAGCAAAUAGCAAACCUGGGCCCCGAGAACGCCGCCGUGGUGACAGGAUGGCAGCGGGAGCACCUGGAUGCAGCACAGCUCCAGAGCCUGGGGCUGGCACUGGAGGGAGCCAGGAGCAGCAGCCCAGGGACACAGAGCACGGCAGGAGCUCCCCAGGAGGGACAAAGCCCAGCUCCCAGCGGUGCUCCCUGUUUGAGAGGCUUUGGCAUCUGGCUGUGUGCUGUGUUUACACUGCACCUGCCUUUCUGAACCCUCAGAGGU